GGCGCAGAACAGUUGCUAUGGUGAUGAGUCCAAGGAGGCAGAGGCAGUUUCCGGCGUAGACGUUUGUGAGGAAGAUGCAGGUCUUGUUAUCUCAGAUGACUACAUGAGCAUGCAUGUGAGUGAUAUUUUUUGGAUUAAAUCUAUAGCAGGCGCUGGGAUGUCUUUCAUUGCAAAGAAGUGUGGCAUUCAGUUGCAGCCUCCAUCUAUUAUUUUAAUCUAUGAAGACCAGCUCAAGAAUAAUAUACGGAAGCGCAUCAUGCCUGUUCGGAAUUUCUCCAAAUACUCAGAUUGCAGCCGGGCAGCCGAACAGCUGAAAAAUAACCCUCGACACAAGACUUAUUUGGAAGGGAUUUCAAUGGAACAGUUACAAAAGUUACAUAGUUUGCUCAAGGGCCAUUUGGGAGGUCAAAGUUUGACUGAGAGCCUAAAGCAGCUAGAGCUGGAAGAAACAAUUGACCCUGAGGAGAACCUGAACAAGCUUGAUGACAAGGAGCUUGCGAAAAGGAAAAAAAUAAUGGAUGAACUGUUUGAAAAGAACAGAAAAAAGAAGGACGAUCCUGAUUUUGUUUACAAUGUAGAAGUGGAUUUCCCACAAGAUAAGGAGCUUGACUCCUGUAGCUGGGAUGCAGAGUCAGAUGAUGAAUUUUGAACUAUAACCAGGUCCUUUGGAUUCAUGGAGUCUGCUGUCUCCAGACUGUCUACAUAUACUAUAACAACAGAACUUGUCUAAUAUUACCAUUCAGUUGCACAAUUAACAUAGAUCAAAGUGUAUGUCUUUCUGUUCACAUCACAAGGUGAGACGAACUCUUCUGAGAUUAUCUGUGAAAAAGAUAUGACCAGACUCAAAUAGCUGUUCCUUUCUAAGGUUCAGUUCUAGCUGUCAUAAUUUUGCAAGAUUGCAGAAGAAGUUGUUCGGUAAUGGUACUAGUUGCCUGGUCCCCAGUGAUGACACCAAGAAACUGCUUCCAGAACUUCUCAGAGCAGUUGAGCACAUUUUCAGAUUGGCUUUUUAUCACUAAAGUGAUCAGAGCACAAAGUGAAUAAAAGUUCAUUUGAUGCAAGAUUUUUAAAAAGGUAAACAGCAUUGGCUAGAGGCAAGCAAAAUGAACAGCUGAGUGUGUUUCACUAUUAUGCAUUUCAGUUGAAAAUAAUGCAUCUUCCUUAAUAAAACUUCUUUGUGAAGUUUUAACUUUUUAAAAACAUGGAACAGUGGAAAUAAUGUUUAGUUUUAUUUAUUGUUUCACAUGUUCCUUUUACUUUGCAAGGAAAUUAUAUAUUUUUUCAGUUGAACAAACACAUCAGCUCCAAAAUAUUACACUUCUAUUGUUCCCAACAAAAUCAUCCACCCUUUGCUGUAUGGAAAACCACCAGCAUGGUCAUGAGAAGGUUAGUGUUUAAAUAUAUUGUGCUGAGUUGAAAAUAAUUACUUCCGGUGCAUAGGAUUUUUUGUUCCUGAGAAGUAACUAUUAAGAAGUCAAAUUAUUCUUGAAUGUGCUUCUGACUUGAACAUUUUAUUUUUAUGAUUGCUAAUAUAUUUUACAAUGUUUAACAGAUUUCCAUUUAAGAAUGUCAGGUACAGCAAGAUGUGGUGACUGGUUGAUGUUAUUAAAGUGAUUCCAGUUCCUUGAACAUAAAUACAUUUAGUUUAAAGAACUUCACUGGAACAUAUCUUCCAGAAAAAUUAUUUAAGAUAGCACCACUGAACGGUACUAUUUUUAGAAAGAAUAUUUCAUAGGUUUGGAGCAAACUAUGAUAUUCAUCUGUAUUGACUGCCUAUUCAUUUCCAGUCCCAAAUAAAAGUACCAGUAUUGAUCA